AUGAGCACCGAAUACCAAGAACAUUCCGACGGCCAAGGCAGCCCGGCCCCGAGCAAUGCUGGCUCGACGGGUACUUCGGGUAUCACAACAUGCCAUGCUCGAAAGGUACGAUGUGAUGCCGCUAGUCUAGGGGUGCCCUGCACCAAUUGUGUCGCCUUUUCCAUCGAAUGCAAGAUCCCCUCACCGAAACGGAAGAAGAACAACCAGAACAAAACCAAGGAAGAAAAUUCGUAUGGCGACAGUCCGCCGCAAUCCGCCUCUUCCCUCGUCGACGCCGCGGUCGCUCACUUCCGACCCGAUAACGAGGAUGAGGCGCGGCGCACCGGUUCGAUCUCGGCGCCAAAGCAACCCGAGCGAGGCCGGGAUCCGGAAGACAAGAGCAAUGCGUUUGGAUAUCGGAAUGAUCGCAUGGGCGUUGAGGGCAUGCCCACCACCGCCCUCUCCGAGGCCGAAGCCGCCCAACAGGCGUCGGCCAAUAAUGCAUAUGCUCAGUUCAUGAAGCCCAAGUUUGCUCGCGCGCCCAUCAAAGAAGCUGGUCGGGUUGCUUAUUUGGGCGAGUCUUCCAAUCUGUCUCUUUUGGUACAGGAUCGCCAUGGCACGACAGACGUCGUGCAUUAUCCACUCCCACCCAAUGUCCGAGGCUCUCGUGCCCGGCUCACUGAUUUGGAUAACUUGGAAAUUGAUAUCUUGCACCAGCGGGGUGCAUUCCUGCUUCCGCCCAAGCAGCUGUGUGAUGAGUUGGUCGAGGCCUACUUCAAAUGGGUCGCUCCGGUGGUACCCAUCAUCAACAAGAGUCGAUUUAUGCGUCACUACCGGGACCCCAAGAACCCUCCCUCCCUGCUGCUGUUGCAAGCGAUUCUGCUGGCAGGAUCGCGAGUCUGUACCAACCAGCAGUUGAUGGAUGCGAAUGGUUCUACGACUCCUGCUGCGAUGACUUUCUACAAGCGCGCUAAAGCGCUUUAUGAUGCUAACUACGAAGAUGACCGGGUCACCAUUGUCCAAGCACUGGUACUUCUAGGCUGGUACUGGGAGGGACCUGAAGAUGUUACUAAGAAUGUGUUUUAUUGGACGCGGGUCGCAAUGGUUGUCGCUCAAGGCUCUGGAAUGCACCGCAGUGUCGAAAUGUCUCAACUGAAUAAACCAGACAAGCGCCUUUGGAAGAGAAUUUGGUGGACCUUGUUCACUCGUGAUCGUUCGGUCGCCGUUGCUCUGGGACGGCCCAUCGGAAUCAACACGGACGAUUCGGAUGUAGAGAUGGUAACCGAGGAUGAUUUCAUUGAGGACGAGCUGGACGCCCCCGCCGAAUACCCCGCCGAUCCCGUUCACGUCCAGUUCUUUUUGCAAUAUGUCAAGCUCUGUGAAAUCAUGGGCUUGGUUCUGUCGCAGCAGUACUCCGUGGCUUCCAAGUCCCGGCGCAUGAACGCAAUGGACCUCACCCAUUCAGACAUGGCUUUGGCCGAUUGGUUGCAGAACUGUCCUAAGGAAGUAUGCUGGCAACGAUCCCGGCAUCACUUCUGGGCAGCUCUUUUACAUUCGAACUAUUACACUACGCUGUGUCUUCUGCAUAGAGCUCACAUGCCGCCUGCUUCAUCUGCGCCGAAUAAUUACAGAGUUGAAGAAAUGGCCUAUCCUUCACGCACAAUUGCCUUCCAAGCCGCGGGCAUGAUUACAUCUAUUGUCGAGAACCUGCAGGCGCACGGAGAGAUCCGGUACACCCCGGCGUUCAUUGUCUACAGCUUGUUCUCUGCAUUGAUCAUGCACGUGUAUCAGAUGCGCUCGUCGGUUCCUUCAAUCGUGGCCACGUGCCAGGAAAGAAUCAACGUCUGCAUGCUGGCCCUGAAGGAUGUAUCGAAGGUCUGGUUGGUCGCCAAGAUGGUGAAUACCCUCUUUGAGUCGAUUCUCGGGAACAAGGUGCUGGAGGAGCGACUUCAGAAGGCCGCCGGCCGAAGACACCAACGCUCGUCUCGACCUGGCGAACCAGCUCCCAAGAAGCCCGACCCCCCGAAGCGCAAGUUCGACGACAUGGAUCUGGGUAUGCCGAACGGUGGUGGCCCUACACCACCCGUAUCAUACGAGCGAUCCAGGCCCCAGACCCCUGCCGUCACACCUUCGCGAGAACUGAACCAGCCAGCACCUGGCCCUCAACAGUCUCCCAACCCACACCGCGGCCACCACGACCCAAUUGCUGGAACUGGUAAUUCGCGUGCCAACACUCGGCCAACGACACCCUUCAAUGGCCAAUUUUCUCUUCCCGCCACGCCCCCAGACUUCUUCCUCGUGACUCGCACCUCCCCCAAUCUUUCCCCCUCUCUCUGGGAGAACUUCCAGCCCGACCAGCUCUUCCCAGAUGGCACAAACUUCUUCCCCGAGCUGACCUCGCCCCAACCGCCAUCCGCGUCCGUCGACCCCAACCUGCAAAUCCCAUCUCAAAUGCCCGGCAUGGCGCCCCGCCCUCCAAUGAUGAACAGCCAGCCCGUGCAUGGCCGCAGCAUGUCCGUUUCGCAAGGCAGCCCACCCAUGAUGACCGGCAUUCCCGGCACCAUGGGCAUGCAGCCUCAGCAUCCACAGAUGUUCAUGGAAGGCCAACAGCAGCCCUGGCCACCUAUGCAGGGUCUUGACGGAACGAUGAGUGGAGCUGCGAUGGACGCCGCCAGCCAAGACAAUGACAAUUGGAGCAGUAGCUCUCGUAGCGGACCUACCGCGCCGACUACGCUCAAUGUCGAGGAUUGGUUCCAAUUCUUUGGUAUAAAUGGAGGCUUUGGAGACCUGGCUGCUUGA